AUGCAGCGAGGAGCGACGCGUCUCUGGCAGACACGUUGGCAAAUCCCGCGGCUAUACACAACCAUGCCCAGUGCUACGCGUAACUAUGCCGCUGCUAUUGAUGCGCUUAACUCGCUACAAUCUAAUUCUGCAACAAUUGAGGCUAUUAGAAGAAGUGGAAAGACUGUCAAUGAGCUGAACGAGCCAGAAAUGACCGAAUACCUACAGCGAAUUGGACACAGGCGCGAUGAACUUGAUCGUUUAAAUGUGAUACAUAUCACCGGUACAAAAGGAAAAGGAUCAACAGCAGCAUUUUGUGAUGCGCUUCUACAAAAAGCACGCCCGCCUGGAGCGGGAAAAAUCGGCUUGUACACGUCGCCUCAUAUGGUCGCAGCUCGUGAGCGGAUCCGCAUAGACGGCGUGCCCAUAUCCGAGGCAGACUUCGCCAAAUUUUUUUGGGAGGUAUGGGAUCGCCUUGAGCAGAAUCCCCAUCGAGCCCUAGAAACAACCCCCCUCCGACCUGUUUAUUUUCGAUUCAUGACCAUUCUUGCCUUUCACGUGUUUAUUUCUCUAGAGGUAUCAGCCACACUACUGGAAGUAGGGAUUGGCGGUAUGUAUGACUCCACGAAUAUUGUUCAGCACCCAGUGGUCACUGGUGUCACGGCGCUUGGUCUCGACCAUACAGCUAUUCUCGGGCAUACAUUGGAAGAAGUAGCCUGGCAAAAGGCUGGCAUCUUUAAGCCAGGUGUUCCUGCUUUAAGCGUAGAACAGCCAGAGAAUGCACAAGCUGUGCUCCAAAAGUAUGCAAAACAAGUCCAGGCUUCGUCAUUCCAAGUGGUCCCUGUAAAUCGCGACUUGUUGCACGUCAAAUUAGGACUGCCUGGUGAUCAUCAAUACUCUAACGCGAGCUUAGCGUUGGAACUGAUCCGAACAUUUGUUCUUUCGGAUAUUGGCAAGCACCGAUUCCCCGGUGCGUCUGAAAAGCUGGGAUGCACUGGUGCAUCAGUACCUGACCUAGCUCGUGUGGCAUUAUCCUCGGCAUUCUGGCCUGGAAGAUGUCAGGUCGUGCCUGCAAAAGAAGCGUUUCAUGCAACGUAUUAUUUGGAUGGAGCACACACGGUAGAAAGCGUUCGUGUUUGUGUGCAAUGGUUCGUGCGAGAGACGGCGCAAAACAAGCAGCCCAAAGUUCUCGUAUUCAACUGCACAAAUGGACGCUCUGCAUACUUCCUUCUUGGCUCUAUGCUAGAAGAGCUGAAGAAGUGCCAGGUGGACGCACAGACCUUUUUCCGUCGCGUCUUUUUUUGCACCAACAAUACUUAUGCGGAUGGUGGCUCUGCAAGCGAUUUGAUGUCGCGAUCUGUGGAUCCUAAAGAUAUUGAGAAUAUGUCUGUGCAAAGAGAGCUAUUGAGCUCAUGGUGUCAACUGCAAGGACUAGAACAGGAUGGUGUUUUGUCCGCUCACAAUGCCAAUGUCCGUGUGGACGUCGUGCCCAGUAUUGAGCAUGUCAUGGCGGCUGUCCGCGACUAUGGAGCCUGUGCUUCAAAUACAAUCCCAGAUGUUUUUGUUGCUGGGAGUUUACAUCUUGUUGGUGGCUUUAUGUCUCACUUGCAGGCGAGGCAUAUGUUGAAUGAGCGGCUGCAAAGCACCCACGUAGCAUGA